UGCAUGGCGCUUCGUGCAAGGACGCCACUCCUGCUCGCGGCUCUCGCCGGCGUCGUGGUCGCGCUCCGCCUAUCAGGGGCCGCCGAGGCACGCGUCCUCCUCACGCUCGACGACUUUGGCGCCGUCGGCGACGGCAUUGCCAACGACACCCAGGCAUUGGUCGACGCGUGGAACGCGGCGUGCGGCACCGACGACAACACCUACCUCAACGUCCCCGCCGGCAAGUCCUACCAGAUCUGGCCCGUCACGCUCGCCGGCCCCUGCCGCGACGAGAUCAAGCUACUGAUAUCCGGGAACAUCAUCGCGCCAGAGAGCCCGGACGAGUGGCGGGGCGGCGACCAGGGCAGGUGGCUCCACUUCUCCGGCGUGAGCGACCUGGCGGUGAGCGGCGGCGGCAUCAUCGACGGCAGGGGCCAGCAGUGGUGGGCACUGGCCGAGAACUCCACCUCCGGCCAAGAAGCCGCCGCCGCUGCCCCCAAGGCGCUGCACUUCGCGGACUGCCAGGACGUCGCCGUGAACGGCCUCACGCUGCAGAACAGCCAGCGGGAGCACCUGGUCUUCACGCGCUGCUCCAGCGUCGAGGCCAACUACCUGCGGGUGACCUCGCCGGAGCACAGCCCCGGCACCGUCGGCGUCCUCCUCGUCAGCUCCACCAAUGUGCAUGUCAUGGAUGACUUGUUCUCCGUGGGUGGCGAUUGUGUGUCGAUUGUGGGGAAUUGCACGGAUGUCCGGCUGAGAGCCAUCUCGUGCGGACCUGGCCAUGGCAUCAGCAUUGGAGGUUUAGGAGAGAACGGAAGUCUUCACAAGGCAGAGAAGAUCAAGAUGGACACCAUGUUCAUCUCCAACACUAAAUACGGUGUGCGCGUCAAGACGUAUGAGGGCGGGUGCGGUACCGCGCGCAAGGUGAAGUUCGCGCAGAUCGUGAUGAAGAACGUGUCCAACCCCAUCAUCAUCGACCAGAACUACUCCGCCUCCAACCGGGGCACUCCCUGCGGAACACCGAACGCGAGUGCGGUGGCGGUAGGGGAGAUCGACUACAUCGACAUCACCGGCACGUCGGCGACGGAGCGGGCGAUGACGUUCGCGUGCAGCGACGCCAUGCCGUGCAGCCGCCUGUCGCUGACGCGGGUGAACCUGACAAGGGUCGGCGGCGGGAGCGCGUCCGCCUACUGCCACCGGGCGUUCGGGAAGAACGUCGGGGACGUCGUCCCGGCGUCGUGUCUCUGCAAGGAGGAUUUCGUGCGGCGGCAGGCCCCGACCGCCGGAGCGCUGCAGGGAGACACAGAAGGAGAUGCAGACUGGUGAAGCUGUUCCAAGAAUUUCGCACGUGGGCAAGCCUGUGAAUCUGUGAUUGAUUGAUCCCGUGAUGUGAUGCAGCAGUAGACGGAAUGCACAGUUUGUAUGGGAGUAUUCAAUGUGAAUCUGUCAAUUUUACCUUCCUUGUUUCCUAUGAAUCCUAUGUGUAGUGUAGCUAGUUGUGCCUGC